CGAGACUUUUUGAUUUGUAAGAGAGCCGACUGGAGACCAACGUUAUACUAAUAGAAAAGCUCUUAACUUUAUACACCAACAGUUACUGGAAAGGACACCUGUAGAGUAACAGCAUUUCAACGAUUGGGCUGAACCUCCACCUUUAUGCUGUCUGAUGGUGUAUGGACUUACUCAGAAUGAAUUGCGAGCUUUUGGCAACGUGCAGCGCUCUUGGCUAUCUGGAGGGAGACACCUACCACAAGGAAGCUGAUUGCGAAGAGAGUGUGAAAGACUUGAUCAGGUAUUUACGCCAUGAAGAUGACACCCGUGACGUCCGCCAGCAGUUGGGUGCAGGCCAAAUUGUACAGAAUGAUCUCCUACCUAUUAUCAUUCAGCACGGACAAGACAAGGCCUUAUUUGAUGCAUGCAUCAGGCUCAUGGUCAACCUUACUCAGCCUGCCAUGCUCUGCUUUGGUAAAAUCCCUGAUGACCCUGUGUUUAGACAUCACUUUUUGCAAGUGACAUCUCAUUUACAAGCCUACAAAGAGGCAUUUGCCAGUGAGAGGGUGUUUGGCAUUUUGAGUGAGAUAUUAUACAACCUUCUACAACUGGACUGGGAGCAGAGACAGGAGGAGGAUAACCUGCUGAUAGAGAGGAUCCUGCUGCUGGUCAGGAAUGUGCUUCAUGUACCUGCGGACCCCGGUGAAGAAAAGAAAGUGGACGAUGAUGCCAGCGUCCAUGAUAGGCUGCUGUGGGCCAUUCACAUGAGCGGCUUCGAUGACCUGGUUAAGUUCCUGGCGUCGGCCCAGAGUGAGCAGCAGUGGAGUAUGCAUGUGUUGGAGAUAAUCUCCCUCAUGUUCAGAGACCAGACACCGGAAGCUUUGGUGAGUGCCGGUCAGGCUCGCUCGGCAGAGGAGAAGCAGAGAGAUUGUCAGGAGCUGGAGGCACUGAGGCAGAAGGAGCACGCAGCCAAACGUUCUCGCACAUUACAAAGAGGAACCAGACACUCUCGCUUUGGAGGGUCCUAUGUUGUUCAAGGCCUCAAGUCAAUUGGGGACAAAGACGUUAUUUAUCACAAAACUCUUCAUAAUUUCAAAAAUUAUACUCAUGAUGCAGGCAAAGCAGUGAGACGUGUUCCAAAGAGGAACCGACAGGCUCAGGAAUGUAAGGACAAACGCCGUUCAGCCUUAAAUGUUCGACUCUUCCUGCGAGGGUUUUGCAUGGACUUCCUGGAGAACUGCUACAAUCACCUCAUGUAUCUUGUCAAGGAAAGUCUAAUUCGAGAGCAAACUCAACAACAUGACGAGACGUACUACCUCUGGGCGCUCAGCUUUUUCAUGGCCUUCAACCGCGGCAACGGUUUCCGCGCUGACUUUGUUUCUGAGACCAUGUCCAUCCGCACUUUCCAUUUUAUUGAGCGCAACAUCACCAACUACUAUGAGAUGAUUCUCACAGACCGCAAAGAGGCCACAUCCUGGUCACGCAGGAUGCACCUGGCACUGAAGGCAUAUCAGGAGCUGCUGCUAACUGUGAAUGAGAUGGACCGCUCACGGGAUGAAAGCAUCCGUCAGAGUUCCAGCGUUAUUAAAAGUAACAUAUUUUACCUGAUGGAAUACAGAGAGAUUUUCCUGACUUUGCUGAGGAAGUAUGAUGAAACCAGACAGCCUCACUCUUACCUCAAAGACUUGGUGGAGUCAACUCAUCUCUUCUUGCGCAUGUUAGAACGCUUCUGCAGUGGUCGCAAAAACUUGAUGGUUCAGAAGAAGAAAGUGAAGCGGAAAAGAUCUCGACAUGAUAAAAAGUCCUCGGCUCCAGAAACAAGUCCAGAGGCCCUGGCAGAGACAUGGAAGGUCGUGGAGGAAGAGCUGAAGGGUUCAGGGUUUCAGCUGUCAGAGUCUUUAACUGAAAGCAUCGUGCCCUUCGAUGCCACAUCUGAAACACCACUGGAGGAACAGCGGACUGAGGCCAUGGUGCGGGUGCAGGACGCCCUGCUGGUUCGACUGGGACCAGAAGCGCUGGGGCUGCUGCGCGCUGCCAGGGAGGUGUGGCCAGAGGGAGACGUAUUUGGGUCAGCUGAUGUGGAACCUGAAGAAGAACUGGAACUCCUCAAGCAGAUCCUGCACGCCAACCUGCCAAGGUCAUCUCCUCCUGAGCCUGUGGUAGAGGAUGAGGAUGAUGCAGCAGAGUUAGAGGAGGAAGAGCUGGAAUCGAUCCAGGUUUCUGAAACAGAAUUCAACUUUCUGGACUUUAUCAAGAGGUUUGCCAACCCCAGUAUUGUGCGUCCAUACCUCCUCUUAUUAAAGUCAUACUCAAAAAACACACCUCACACCAACCACUGCAUCGCUCGAAUGCUGCACCGCUUGGCUGUCAACCUCAAAAUGGACGCCCUGCUUUACCAGCUGUCAGUCUUCAAUCUUUUAAACAAGAUCCUAAGCGACCCUGCCGCAGCUGCGUACAAGGAACUGGUGACCUUUGCCAAGUAUGUGCUGAACCGUUUCUUUUCACUGGCAGCACAGAACAACAAGGCAUAUGUUGAACUGCUGUUCUGGAAAAAUGUGGGGGCUGUACGUGAGAUGACUGAAGGCUACAGCAAAGAUGGAGAGGGAAAGAAACCAACGUGGACUGAAGAGGAGGAAGAGGAGUUGCGCAAGCUUUAUGAGGAGCACCGUCAUUCUGAAGUACCAGAUAUAGUGGAGACUCUGCUGCCGUUACUCAGCAACAGCACCCGUACUCGACGCCAGGUAGUGACGCAGCUGGUGCAUAUGGGUCUGGUCGACAACGCAAAGGAACUCAAGAAACCAAAGAAAGGUACCCAGAUUGUUCUUUGGACUGAGGAGCAGGAGCAGGAGCUGGAGAUGCUCUACGAGGAGUACAAGGACUCUGAUGAUGUGCUGGGUAACAUCCUGAAGAAGCUCACAGCCAAGCGGUCGCGUGCACGUGUGGUGGACAAGCUGCUCAGUAUGGGCAUGGUGUCUGAGAGACGAGAGCUUUAUAAGAAGAGGAGUCGCGGUGGUCAAGGGAAGAGCUCUGGAAAAGGAAUGACUGAAGAAGAGUUCCUCGAAGGACUUACACAAGGUUUCCCAGAUGAGCCUGUGGACAGAGAUGAUGAAGAUGAGGGAGAGGAUGAGUCUGAAGAGAGUGAGGAAGAGGAAGGCGAAGAGCAAGAACAGGAAAAAUCACAAAACGGAGGAAGGAGGAGCCAAAGCCUGCACUCCCCAGCAGAGAGGAGAGCAGAUAUAGGCCCCAUGGUGUAUGCUCUACAACAGGAAGGCAUGUCUGGACCCAUGUUGUGGCUACAGAAUUGUCUGAACAGAACAGCAGAGGACCGCGAAGAUGAUGGUGUGUCCCAGGCUGUACCGAUUGUUCCUCUGACAGAGGCUAAUGAAGAAGCCAUGGAAAACAAGACCUUCCGCAAACUGUUGCGCAAACUGGGAAUGCGAGCACCUGCAAAUGAACAGGAGACCUUUUGGAGGAUCCCAGCAAAGAUCAGUGCGUCCCAGCUUCGGAGUGCAGCUGCAGCUCUUAGUCCAAGAGAGGAAGACCCUAAAGGAGACGAGGAGCAAAAUGGCUCCACGAGUCCGACCGGAGAAUCCCAGGAGGAGGAGGAGGUCUCUAGUGAACAGAGAGCUCAGGCUCUGAGAGCUCUGCUGCUCACGCGCAAGAGGAAACACCACAACUCAGAGCAUGCAGCUCCUGUGUCAGACUUCUCUCUGGUUGAUGACACAGACAGCACAGUUGAGAGAUCCCAGGAGAAGACCUCAGCUAAAAGAAGCAGAAGCAGAGUGUUGGACGAUGAUGAGGAGAAUGCGGAGGACUCUACCACUGCAGUGGAUAUGGAUACCAACGGUGAUGCAGAUUCAGACAGGGAGGAUAUCGCUGCUCCUGUGAAGCGUAGACGGAAGAUGGCCUUAAUUGAUGAAGAGGAAGAUGAGGAUUAGUGACUUUCUUUAAUGGACUGUAAAAAAAACUGCAGGCAAGGGAGACAUAAAAGUCCCUCAUUUUGCUCAGAGGUGGAUGCAGUCCUCUGGAGGUCUGCAGCCCAGACAGCGGAAACUCUAUUAAUGGAAUACCAAACAAGCCAAAGAAAUGGGCCUUUCGACCAGCCCCAGUGGGAACAUAGAUCAUAUUAAGCAAUUUUGUUUUGUCAUCUCUUUGGUCAGCUUGAUUGGUGCCUUUAUGUAUUUGUGGUAAAUGAGCUCUGCCAGUCCUCUAUUUUGUGAAUUGUUCUUUUUCUCUUAGCGUUCUCAGCAUGAACAUUACACAGAUAUUGCUGUCUGAGAAAGUUUUGCAUCACUUUGUUUAUAACUCAAUCAAUUCCAGUGUAGACCUUGGAGUUUAAUUCAUGCCUUCUUAUUAAUAAAAAAG